UGUGGCGAUUAAUCGUUGGCUAGAAAGUUUAUAUAGACGAGUCUCUUCUUUUAAUUGUUUGUUUCUCGUAGUGAGACCUUCUCAGAGGAGAUUUUAGCGCCAUUGGUUAUAACACCAAAAUAUCCCAGUGCUUAAUUGUUUUCUGUCGCAGAAGCAAAAAUUGACUGGCAACGAGCUCACUAGAUUGUUUUUGUGUGACGGUAUACACCUGUCUCGAGUAUUGUUUUCUGAUUGGCUGCUGGCCACAAUAUCCUAUAAUCAAAUGCAAACUUUUCAUUUUGAAUUCAAGCAAGAUGGCGGCUCGAUGGACGCGUAGAAAAUUGGAGUAAAAAUAUUAUGGCUGUUCGCGAAGAAGACGCGAGAAAGAAACCUUCGUCGCCGAACGGGAAGCCUUUUCCAUCGGCGGGCAAAUCGGGCGUCGAAGAUAUUGUAGAACAGCUUCGGCGAUUUAGCAGUGUUUCGCAGGAAGAUUUUGAGAAAAUGAGACUUGCUGAGAAAGAGGACGAAUUUUUUGCCAUUAGAAAAGCAACUGAUAUCACUGAUCCAGACACUCAGGGGGACCCUUGUCCACCGCUUCCAAUAAAGAUCAUUCAAGGCACCUUCAGGCAUGUGUUAGGCGUCCGAGAGGCGUGCUCAAAAAAUGGCACAUUUUUGCAGCGCACGAUUGAAUUACGGCGAAAGCCCGGAGAGACCCUAGGAUUUUAUAUUCGUCAAGGCGAUGGUUGGGAACGCGAUCAAGGGAUUUUUGUUUCUCGUGUUGUUUUGGGCACCGACGUGGACGUUUUUGAGCUGUUACGAGUCGGCGACGAAAUUAUUAAAGUGAAUAAAGUUGACGUACGGGCCAUGACUAUACAAGAUGUGAGCGCGCUAAUGCAGAUGACGAGGCGACUUAUUCUCACAGUCAAAGUUCUGACACCAGUGACAGCGAUGGCCGUCAAGCGAUUAGCUAUGAAUAGAGACAAUAAUAUUCAAGGUUUAAAAUCCUUGAGUUCAAGAACUCCUAGGACUGCAAGGUCCGAAGGGGGCUGCAGCGAUUCCGCCUCAAAUCCAAACCGUUUUCCUCCGGAUCGUCGCACGACUGGUGGCGACAGACGUUUAAGUAACACAUCAAGUCUAAGCCAUCAGGCGAACUACAAAGUAGCAAAUCUAGUCAUAGGAAAAAAUAAGGAUGCAAUGAGCUCGGGAAAUCCUCAAUCUUUGACGGCCUCGGGCUCGUCCUAUCGUGGCUCGCGUCGCAGCUCCAAAUCGCCCGUCGCUGGGAGGAGAGCUCUGUCGCCGAUACGGGAAACUUCUGCAGAUAUCUUUAACACCGACAGCGAAGAUCGUAUGUCAGCUCAUGAACGAGGGCGAACUAGCCGAGCUGCGAGUGUUGUGAGCUGGUCGGACCAGUUCUACAGCGCAUCAGGAGCUAGUAGUCCCGUAAAACAUAAGCCCAGUGAUAGACGCAGGUCCGAGGCCCAGAGUUCCAGACCAAAGUGAAUUGGAAGUGUAAAAAUGAUGUCUUUCAUAGUUCGUUUUGUGGAAUCAUGACUCAAGGCAUGGCGGGGUCAGGCUCGAAUUAAAGAUCAAGGUAUAGUGGAAUAAAGAUGGAAAAAGCAAGGUUAUUAAAAAAUCAUGGAUAGGAACUUGCUGGAUUGUUGGCUUGUUUGCACGGUCAGCUCUUUUUGCACUGUGGCGAUUUUAAAGGAUCUGACAUCAAUUUAUCGGAAUGUAAUAUGAAUGGAAACAAACAUAUGGGGAAUGAAAUGCGUUUUAAACAAUUUCAGCAAGAUUUAACAGUUCUGAUAAAACUCAGCUUGAAUGGUUUCUUGAAUAAGCACAAGUCUUCCUGGAGAGCAACUGCAUUUGUUAAAAACAAAGAAAUUUUGGCACUUUUGGAUGAGUUAUAGCGUUAGUAUGCAGAUAGUCUUUUACUCUACCGUAGCGGCAAAACAAUCACCUUGAGCUUCCGACAAAAUUUUGAGCAAACUCAAAAAAUGUAGGGUUUUGACUCCACAACAAAGACAUAAAAUUAGGUACAUUUUGGCAGAUUUUCAGUAUUGAGAUAAUCCCAUUUUUCUGAAAACAUUUUUAUAAUACACUUUAAGGAGUGAAUUUCGGGAGCGUUGUACGAUUUACGAAAGAUAAUUCAUCCGGGCAGACGUGUUGGAUCCGGUACGAUUUUGGACGAAAGUUACUGUGUAACUAAGCGUGCUUAAGUCUAGAAAGUUUAAUGUUGAUGAAAAACUAGGUUCGGUCGCUGUCAUUAUGCGAACACUAGGUGACUAGAUUUAUGCAGUAAAAACACUGGAGCAACCUAAACUUGAUUGUAACUCCAGAUGUUUAUGUAGGAGCGAUUAUUUUUUCUUUUCGUAAUAUUGAAUAUCGAGUAGAGCGGACGGUCGUAUACCUUUUUUCUUUGUCAAGCACUAGAAAGACAAAAGCGGGUUAAAAUAACUAGGGCGGAAAAGACACCGUCUUACGGUCUAUUUUGGGCGACCACUUAAUGAUCAUGGGAACUCUAUGGCAGCGGUAACGAAAUGAUAGUUUUAUUCAAGAUGCUAAACAAAGCAUUGUUUGAAAGGAAGUAUUCGGGCACUUAAGAUAGCUUUAGUACAGUUACAGCAAAACAAACAGGUUUGCAUCGACCGCUGAAACGGAGCAGGACCGAUUCCAUCUUUCUAAUCGCUGAGAAUGGAAAAAACAUUGCAGUAUUUUUUCUGGUAUACGACUUUCUUAAUACCGAGGUGUGGGUCCGAGAAGAUUCGAAAAAUAAAUUAUAAAUAAUUAAAAACUGAGAAAACUUGUUCCCAAGAUUUUUCUUGUACUUGGAUUUAUCUUUUCGACUCGUGAUUUUAACCACUCGCUAGACUCUUUCGAUUCGCUGAAAUUUGCGAAAACGUGGGCUAUAAAAAGCCGUAUCUACCCAACACGAGGAUAAAAAAAAUUGCCUAAACUUUACCACUGUUUUAUUACCUAGCACUGUUAGCACCUGCCGCACUGAUACCGCAGAAUAUUUACCCCCAACUAAUAAGAAAAAAAAAUACAGGGCCGUCCGUUCUGUUUACUAAAAUGCUUGGCCAAAAAUAGUCC